CUCAUCUGUCGUAAGUUCCAGUUUUUCAUUCGGACUUCAUCAGUUACUCUUCACCACGUGUGAGACGAUGUGACCACCAUGUUUGGAGUCCUCGGACAGUGGGAUUUAUCUUCGAGUGAGAGGAAAAAGAGAAAGACCGAGUUAAUACCGGUAUGGCGAACCGUGAACGUAACCGAAAGAUCCUGCUGGAGCUCGUGAAGCAGCCGGGAAACAGUCGGUGCGCGGACUGCGGCGCGGCCGAUCCAGAAUGGGCGUCCUACAAGCUCGGCGUGUUUGUGUGUCUGAACUGCUCUGGCAUCCACCGCAGCCUCUCCAGCCGGGUCAAAUCCAUAAAGCUGGACUUCUGGGAGGACGAGCUGGUGGAGUUCAUGAAAUCUAACGGCAACGAUGGUGUCAGAGCGUCAUAUGAGAAGGCUGUUCCACCGUAUUACUAUCAACCCCAGGAAAACGACUGUGGGGUCUUAAGAGAGCAGUGGAUUCGGGCUAAAUACGAGAGGAUGGAAUUCACUGGAGAAACCAAAUACCCACCGAUUUCAUACACAACAGGUUUCUAUGAAGGGAUGCUUUGGAAGAAAGGCAAAGACAAUGCUCAGUUCCUGAAGAGGAAGUUUGUUCUGUCAGAGCGAGAAUUCACCCUGAUCUAUUACAACAAAGAAAAUGAGACGAAAGGCCCCAAAGCUGUGAUCUCCAUCAAAGACCUAAAUGCCAAUUUCCAACCAGAGAAGAUCGGUCACCCUCACGGGCUGCAGAUCACCUACCAAGAGAACGAUCACACGAGGAACCUCUACGUCUACCACGAGAGGGCUGAGGAAAUAGUCGCAUGGUACAACGCCAUUCGUGCUGCUCGCUAUGCGUACCUGAAGACGGCGUACCCAACAGGAAGUGAUGAAGAACUGAUACCAAAGAUAACAAGAAACUACCUCAAAGAGGGAUACAUGGAAAAGACCGGGCCACUGCAAAAGGAGCCAUUCAAGAAGAGGUGGUUUGUUUUAGACUCGGAGAAGCGGAAACUGUUCUACUACAAAGGCAUGCUGGAUGCAGAGGAGAUAGGGGUCAUUUUCAUCGGCACAGAGAGCAACGGAUAUGCCGUAAAGGACUGUGUACCAAAGAACACUCGAGGGAACAAGUGGCGCUGUGGCGUUUUGGUGGAGACACCCGAGAGACAGUUUGUCUUCAUGUGCGAGAAGGAGAGGGACCAGAGAGAGUGGCUGAAUGCUCUGAGACAAGUUCUGUCUAGGCCCAUGGCACCGCAGGAUUAUACCACUGAAGCCAACAUCAACUCUAAAAGAUGAACUACAGCGUGCCACAACAGGAUGAUGGAGAGAAACGGCAGAGCUUGGAAACAAAAAUGACAGAACUGGACCGUCUCAUUAGAACUUGAACAUUGGCUCUGACUGUAAUCUGAGUCACAGUGGAUUAAAAAAAAAAAAAAACCUUCAUCAACUCAUUUUCACCGACACUGCAGUCGCUGCUCCGUCCCAGACCUUAGGAAAUGUGGCAUCAUCAUGGGAAAUUCACUCUAAUCAGUUGGUCUUUAAAUGCAUGGCGCCAAGUCAUAUCCAGAGUUAACUCAAGACCUGUCACAAACAGGACUGGUCUUAACUGUACUCUGUAAAAUUAUGUAUGAAGACCUAACGGUAAUCCAUCCUGGGCUCAGCAAAGUUAGAAGGAAAACCUUCUUUAACAGGCAGAAACCUCGAGCAGAACAAGACUCUUUUUGAAAAGACAUUUCCAGAAGCUCUGUUUGGUUCGGAGGGAGAAGAGAGAAAUGCAGAAUGAAAGAGGAGGGAGAUACAAAGAAAGAGGAGGGAGAUGCAGAGAGAAAGAGGAGGGAGUUGCAGAGAGAAAAAGGAGGGAGAUGCAGGAAGAGAGAAGAGGGAGAUACAGAAAGAAACAGGAGGGAGAUGCAGACAGAAAGAAGAGAGAGAUGUAGAGAGAAAUAAGAGGGAGAUACAGAGAGAUGGAAGAGGGAGAAAGCAGUUGUAAACAAGCAUACACCAAAAUGUUGUAAUGUACGAGUAACAUCUGUGCAGACUGUCAUGCUGUAUUUAUUUUCUUAUUUUUGGUGUAUUUCUUAUUAAUAUGCAUGAAAAUUUUGCUGUAAAUAUUUUUAUGGACAUGU